UAGAGAUAAUAUGAGAAAUUCUCCCAAAGAAAUAAAAGACUCGAGACUUAAAGGCUUACUUGGCUUAUUUCAAAAAUUUACAUUUGACAGGCGUUUUUGAACACAAAUGGUACUAACGUUUAGAAAAGAACUGAUCCAGUUUUACGCACAAUACGCAGACCGAAUGCGAAACUAGGCGCGCACCUCUCUAAACAGCUUUGCGCCUUAUCUCGUUAUGCUUACAUCGGUCGGAACCAGUUGAACGGCGUUGUGUGCUUGUGUUGUCAUAAGACGCGCUGCAUAGGGAGCGACAACUGGGUUGUCUUUAUGGACAUUUAGCUUUGGCGUCUGUGUGAACUUCAGCAGCACGGCGAACAUGGGAGGUAUGCGGCACUGCGUUUUACUUGUGCUGCUCCAUUUAGCGCCCGCUUUAGGUUUUCAGGAGAGAGCCAGCGUCGCGGACAAUUCACAUUUAACAUUUGUAAAGAAUCUAAAAAUGGGAACUGUUCAUAGUGUGAGUCGGAGACUGGCUGAGGUAUGGCCCUUUUCCUCAAGUACACACAAAGUUACCAAAAGAAGCGCGGAUCAGGGAGGAGACAGCUGUAAAGCACUUCAAGGAUACGAUGACAGGUUAAUCAACAAUACCCACAUGUUCACCUUCAAUGACCUGAGUGGCUCGGUGUCUCUGGCCUGGGUGGGAGAUGGAACAGGGGUGGUGCUGGCCUUGACCACGUUCCAGGUGCCGCUCUUUCUGCUGAGAUUUGGACAGUCUAAACUCUACAGGAGUGAGAACUACGGGAAGUCCUUCCAGGAUGUCACAUCUCUCAUCAACAACACCUUCAUCCUCACCGAGUUCGGCAUUGCAAUCGACCCUCUGAAUACUGGGAAGGUGAUCCUCACAGGCGACGUUUCGGGAAGCAGGGGCUCUCGGAUCUUCCGCUCCACGGAUUUCGGGAACAGCUUCACCCACACGGACCUGUCCUUCCACCCGCUGAUCCAGAUCAGCUACAACCCCCAAAACCCCAACCUGCUCAUGGUGCUCAGCACUGCGAAUGAACUCUGGCUGUCUGAAGAUUUUGGUGUGAACUGGCGGAAGAUCCAUGAGACUGUCUGCCUGGCAAAAUGGGGGAAGGACAGCACCAUCUUCUUCACCACCAGCUUUAAUGGAUCCUGUAAUGACAGGGGCAUGCUAGAUAUGAAGAAGACCACAGACUUUGGGAAAACCUUCAAGAUCGUUGCCAGCAAGAUCUACUCCUUUAUCGUGGAGGCCAAAUUUGUUUUCGCCUCAAUCAUGACUGGAACGGGCACACUGCGUAUGAUCCAGGUGUCGGUGGAUCAGGGCGAGUCGUGGAACCUGGCCCAGCUGCCCCCGGUGGGGCACGAGCAGUUCUACUCCAUCCUGGCGGCGGACGACGACGUGGUGUUCAUGCACGUGGACGAGCCGGGAGACACCGACUUCGGCACCCUGUACGUGUCGGACGACCGCGGCACGGUCUACUCCAAAUCCCUGGAGCGCCACCUCUACACCUCCACGGGGGGCGACACCGACUUCACCAACGUCACCUCGCUGCGGGGCGUCUACAUGACCAGCGUCCAGGCUGAGGACGGCUCUGCGCAGACCGUGGUGACCUUUGACCAGGGCGGGGAGUGGAAGCUGCUGCAGAAGCCUGGGAACGUCGAGUGCGACCCCACGGCCGACGACAAGGACCAGUGUGUCCUGUAUAUCCAUGGCUCCUACAGUUCCUCCAUGAAGCAGAACGUCCCCAUGAUGCCCCUGAGUGAGCCCAAUGCUGUGGGACUCAUCCUGGCCCACGGGAGUAUUGGCGACUCGGUCUCGGUGAUGACGCCGGACGUGUUCGUGUCGGACGAUGGGGGGUACUCCUGGUUCCGGGCCCUGGAGGGGCCCCACCAUUACGCCAUCCUGGACUCCGGGGGCCUGCUGGUGGCCGUGGAGCACAACCCCUCCCUGCCCAUCGCACAGAUCAAGUUUUCCACAGACGAGGGGCAGUGUUGGCACGUCUACACGUUCACCAAAGAGCCGUUCUACUUCACCGGCCUGGCGUCGGAGCCCGGGGCACUCUCCAUGAACGUUAGCAUCUGGGGCUACAAGCAGUCGCUGAUCAGCCAGUACUGGGUCUCCGUCACCAUCGACUUCAACCAGCUGCUCACCCGAGACUGUGACAAGAAAGACUAUGUAGAGUGGCUGGCGCACUCUGAUGACAUCAGUGACCCCACUGACGGCUGCAUGCUGGGAUACAAGGAGCGCUUCCUGCGGCUGCGCAAGGACUCCGUGUGCUGGAACGGCCGGGACUACGUGGUGAAUAAGCAGCCCACGCCCUGCACCUGCACGCUGGACGACUUCCUGUGUGACUUUGGGUACUACCGGACGGAGAACAGCUCAGAGUGUUUGGAGCAGCCGGACCUGAAGGGCCACGCCCUGGAGUUCUGUCUGUACGGCAAGAAAGAGCAGCUACUGACCAAAGGCUACCGGAAGAUUCCGGGGGAUAAGUGCGAGGGCGGGACGAUACCGGUGCGCCAGGAGGUGGACCUGAGUCAGAAGUGCAUGAGCAACCUGCUGGAUCCACAGCUGCAGACAGCGCACCCUUCCAGCUCUGUUGGUAUAGUGGUUGCCGUGGUAGCCAUCAUGCUGUUUGCCACGGUGGCCAGUGUGCUGCUCAUCAAGAAGUACGUCUGCGGUGGCAGGUUCCUGGUGCACAGGUACUCGGUCUUGCAGAGGCACGCAGAGGCUAACGGCAUCGAGGGCGUAGAUGAGCUGGACGUCCACGUCGCCCAGUCGCCCAAAAUGGAUUACCAUGACGACUCGGACGAGGACCUCCUGGAAUGAGAGGAUGGGUCUGAACCAGUCACCACCUGGAGAGAAGAAUCACCCCUCCUACGCCAGCGCCUCCCUUUUCUUUCUGUCUCUUUCUGUCCUCCUCCAUCCCACAAUGCAUCUCCAGGGCUGCCCCGCGCUUCCCUCUGCUCUUCUCUCGCCAUGGCAACUUCCGCUUGCCGCGCGGACGGUGGUGGGACCCGGAUUUACGCCGCUCCCUGCUGAACCACAUGACCAGGAGGCCUGCGGCUGAUUGGACAGAGCCGGAGAGUGGGCAGACCAAUGAACUUUCGGCUCCAGCACGGCGUCGCAUUUUAGCUUCUUCGCGUCUUGAAGACCUUCCUUGACUUUUUCUGAAAAAGGAGAGAGUCUUUUUCACGGCUGUCCUCCUUUCCGGCACGGGGAGCUUUCGGUUUCUGUCGCGGUCGAGGUGUUCCGGCCGCAGGACAGGGUUGUGAGAAAGCAGCGACCGCGACGCCAGGUUCUUCCGCGCGGUCGACGCAGCCGCCGCUCCGCUUUUCCGUAUUUAGAGGAUCCCCCCUGUGAGCAUGGAGGCCGUGACGUGAUUUCAGGCUUUCCAAAAAAACUGAUUUGAUGCUGUAAUAUAUUUGUCUGCUGUAAACUAAGAAUGAUCUUUUAUAUUUAAAUGAAGAAAAAAAAAAGCAUAAGGUGAUGGUAAAAGGCUGUGUCUUGGUCAUUGCUAUUAAUACUUUGUGUAUUUCUAAAUUAUCAACUAUUUUCUGUCUUUGAUCAAAUUUUGGGCUCUGGAGAAGUCAGGACGUGUGCACCGAUAUAUAUAUGAGUCGGACACAAGCAUACAAUUAAUCGUUAUUGCAGUUUUUGGCAAUCACACAGCAGUGGAUUCUGGGAAACUGUGGUAAUGUUAUACUGCUGGUCCAAAAAAUAAUGCUUGUGUUGCACAUGUAUACCACGUCUGAAGCAAUAAAGUAAUCAGAUGCAAUAUUUUAAGCCACAUUCCUCUGACUAAGCUGUAGCUUAUUCCUGUUCAUAAUGCAGAAACAUUGCUGUAUUUCAAGUGAUACAAUCUUUUUUGACCGUAUAUUAUUCCAGGCAACUCAAAUUUGACAUGAAAUUUCAUCACCCAGUACAACAAAUCAUUGUUAUUUUUGGGACUAUGCAACAGCAAUCCAUUGUGUUAAUUGUUUUUCAUCUUUGUACAGUUGCAUUACAAGUUGGCAAUAAGAGUCUGGGGUAUGUCCCAGAUCCUUGGUUUUAACAUGAUUUUUUAAAAUUUAAUUAAUGUAAUUUUUCAUAGAAUUGUGCAAAGUGUGGUUUUGCACAUUUAAAAUCCAAUCAUAGUGCAAUUACCAAGAUUUAAAUGACUAUCACAUUACAUCACCUUUUGGACAAGCAGGUAACUGACACAAUCUCAUCUGCCAAGUCUGUAAGAAUGAACAUAUUAAUUUAGUCCUGUCCUGCUGAGAUAUCAUUCCCAAAAGCACAAGCUCCUGUAAGUAGUUCUGAGUGGGUCACAGAAAUGCACAGAUCAACACUUCUGUACUCCUCAAUUAGACUGUUAGACAAUGCAGUUUUGGUGAUGGUUAGGGCUGUGGACUUUUUUUUAUUCUUGGGUAACUGUGUUUCCAGGUGGACAUUUAAAUGGUUGCAUUCAAUGUAUUUAAGAUGAUUUAGAAAUGGAGAAACCAAAAUAUCGAUGUAGGUGGAAUAUUACAACUCAUGCUGGUACCAGCACAGGUAACGUGUUUUUUUUGCUUGUAAUUAUGUAAAAUAGAAUAAUAACAUACCCAAUACAGUCCCUGCUAUUGAAGGAGAUUUUGUGGGUAAUGUGGUUUUAUAAGCAAAGUUUUAUGAAUAGUUACCCAUUUUUGCACUGAUUUUUAUUUAAGUGUAUGGGAAUUAAAGGUGACUGUAAACAGGAAAAAAUGAGAAGAAAACAGGUCCCUGCUGUCACAUUUUGUUUAUUUUUUAUUCACAAAUGCUAGAGUGCUCUAAAUAUAACUGACAAAAUACAGCAGCUACCAGAAUGGGUAGUUCAAGAAUCGAGUAAAUCAUUUUGUGUUUGAGAAGCUUAAAUAAUCUUCUUUCUUGUCUCUUUGAAAAUGUUCUUCAAAUGUCCUUCUGUGCUCUUGCGAUUCUGCCCAAUUCAGUGCCAUCUUUUGUGUGCGGCAAUUGCUUCAAAGUUACGGUACAGUUGGAGUGCAGUCUCAGUCUUUAAUGAACUUUAAAUUUAGAUCAAAUUGUUCUUCGGCCAUUACUGUCAACUUCCUCCAACUAGAACUUUUCCAUAGCAACGGCCUGAGUGCCUGAAGUUGCACACUGUCUUCACAGUGUCUCAGGCUAUCCUGAAUUGACUUCAUUUCCUCUCCACAAACUUUUUAAAUGGAGACGUUUUACCUGAAAGCGCUCACUCACAUGAAGAUGUUCAUUAAGUGCCUAGCGUCAGCUUUGAUUUUACUGGACUUCCUCUUUGACUGAAACGAUUUACUUCCAGGUCACAGUCAGCCCAUAGUCUUGUGUAAAUGUAAUGUCUUUGUCAUAAGUGCCUGUCAGAGGUAACAGUCUGAAAUCCUUCCUUGCUUCAUACAUACUGUGGGAGUUGAGUAGCUAAUAGACAUACAGUCACAGGCAGGGGUAUAACCAAGACCUAUAAAAUCCCAAGGUCAAGAGACUCUGCUGGGGUGGGGUGGGGUGGGGGUUAGGCCAGGGAUUGCUCCCCCCCCCCACAAUUUAAUCAUUUAAUUGGGGAUGCAUUUUGGGGUGUAUAUGCUAUACAUAUACCUCUAGGUUAGGCUUAAAUUUGAGAAAAUAUUUAAGACCAUUCAUUCCCCUCCUGAAGGCCUUGCAAUUGAUAUUCUCCCUAAAGAAUGAAAUUAAACACAGGCUUAAGAAAUGGGGGGGAAAAAUACAAAAUACUGAGGACACGACCUCGGUGUCCUCCAUGGUAGUUUCGGUCCUGGUCACAGGUGACUUUCUGUUUUUAAAGCAAACACGCCAUUUAUGAUGAGAAUAAACAGUUUGAGCAAAGCUAUAAUGUUGCAGCUAUGGUGGUUAUUCUGUACACACCUGUUCCUUCAGGCCCUGGGGUGCCCCAUGCCUCCACGGGCACAUACUCCAUGUUAAAUGAGUCUUAAUUAAGGUCUCACAUAGCAGCUCAUGUUCAAUUUUUUAUUGUAUUUUUUCUUGCUGUUCAUAUCCCUGCACAAAGGAUUGAGCACGAUAGGUUUAUGUAAAAACUGUUCCAACUUUGUAUGGGCUCUGUAUUUUGUUCUGUAUAUUUAAAGACCGUUCUCUUUGCUUUCAAAAAUAAACUCACUGGUACCAUG